AUUUUGUGGGGAAAAAAAUGUUUUUAAGCAUUCAAGAAAUAAUAUAACUUUCCGUAGAUUACAAAAGCUUUUCGCUAUUCAUGAGAGUCGCGGAGACCGGUAGGCUGAAAUCUACAAUUUUCUCUUUUUCUUGUAUUUAGAGAAAUAUUGAAGACGAUGUCAGUGACCCCAGCCCACAGAACAAGAUGUUUCUUUGAUGUUGACAUUGAUGGCCAAAAUGCCGGCAGAAUUGUAUUUGAGUUGUACUCAGACAUCACACCUAAAACCUGUGACAACUUCAGAGCAUUAUGUACAGGUGAAAAAGGUGUGAGUGAAAAGAGUGAUCUGCCCCUCCACUAUCGUGGCGCCCCCUUUCAUCGUAUUGUAAAGGACUUUAUGAUUCAAGGCGGUGAUUUUACAAAAGGUGAUGGAACAGGGGGUGAAUCUGUAUAUGGAGGGCAGUUUCCAGAUGAGAACUUUGUAGAGAAACAUGGUAAAGAAUUUUUGCUAUCUAUGGCAAACAGGGGUAAGGACACUAAUGGAUCACAAUUCUUCAUAACUACAAAGCCUGCUCCUCAUUUAGAUGGUAAACAUGUAGUAUUCGGUCAGGUUGUCAGCGGUCAGGAGAUUGUCAAACAGAUAGAAAACCUUGAUACCGACAAGAAAAACCGUCCACUUGUCCCCGUAACAAUAGCUAACAGUGGAGAGUUGGUAUUACAGCCUAAAGCAAAAGGUAAAAAAAAGAAAAGCGUUGCUGAGUCAGAAAAGGAGUCUGAUUCUGCAGAGUCAAGUUCUGAAUCUGAUUCUAGUGACUCUGAACAAGAGAAAAAGAAGAAGAAAAAGAAGAAAAAAGAAAAGAAAAAAUCCAAGAAAAAGAAAAAAGAGAAGAAAAAGAAGAAGCAAAAACAGUCUAGUUCAGAAGAUGAAGGGGAGAUCAAGAAAGAGGAAGAAUCUAGUACAGUAUAUGGUAAUAUACGUCCUGAGGAAAUACCAGAUGUUCCUAGUAACAAGUUUCUGUCUAGGGAUAGGCAAGACAUGGAUCAACCUGGCAAAGAGAAUCAGAGAGACCAGUCAAGGUCAAGGAUACGAUACACGUCCAGCGGAGAUAAGAUUAAGGGGAGAGGAACUAUUCGUUUUCACAGAAGUUGGAGUCGAGAAAGAAGUGCCACUCCACCACAUUGGCGCAGAGAGCAGCAACGUGCCAAACCAAAGGGGCAAGACAAUAAUAGAGAGGCUCAAGGUCAAGGCCGGUGGGAAAGAGGUGAUCGCAUGGAGCGAGAACAGCCACCAAACCGAAGAGGUGACCGUAUGGAAAGGGACCAAUUGGAUCGCAGAGGAGAACGCAUGGAGCGAGAUCAACAAGAUCGUCGGUUUAGGGAAGACAGACCUAACAGGGCGGAGUUGAGGGACAGGUUAGGACGGAGGGAAAGAGAAGGAAGAGGGCAACUAGAUUUGAGAGAUAAGUUUCAGCGUGGUAGAGAUAGGAGCAAUAGUGACAGUGAAGGAGAACAAGCAAAGGGGCAAAAGAAGAAAGAUAAAAGUACUAUUAUAAUGUUCAUUACCUGUUUAAUUUCUAAAAGGGGAGGUAAAUCUAGAAGAGAUAGCAGCAGUGAGGGUUCAGAUUUAGAUGUUUCACAAAGAAAUGGGAUGGAUUCUGGUCGUGGGGGCAAUCGCGAUCCAGAAAAGAUUGAUUUGAGAGACCGAAUCCGGAAAAAACAGCCUGAAGAAGAACGUGUGCCAAGCAGACGUCACCAGGGCACUGAUUCAUCAUCUGAAGAGGGUGAAAUACACGAUCGACGUCACAAUGAUGAUCAAGAGGAUUCGGAGUCUGAAACAGAAAAGCUUCGUAGAGCGGCAUUAGCGUCACGCCUCACAAGAACAGUACAGCUGAAGAAAGGGUCUCCAUCUCGCAAGGUACAAGUGAAGAGAGGCGAUACCUCUGAUUCAGAAUCAGAGAAAGAAACCUUGAAGGGUAAGAAACAUUCAAGGUCAAGUUCAUCUGAAGAUGAACCCAGGAGAAAUGUGACAGUUUCAAGUAAAUUGGUUGAACAAAAAAAGGCUUCUGUAGUAAGGGAAAGACGCCGAAAGUCUAGGUCUCCCUCUUCUUCACCAGAACGGCCUCCAAGAAAAAGAGGUCAAAGGUCGAGAUCAAGAUCACCAGUCAGACGCAGACGGUCAUCUUCUGCUGCAUCACCUGUAAAGACCAAAAGGUCAAAGUCAAAAUCACCAGUAAGGAAACGUAAAUCACCAUCACCGAUAAGGUCAAAGAGGUCACCUUCAAGGUCACCUGUGAGGAAGAGGUUACGGUCACCUGCUAGACGUCCAUCUAGAAAAUCUAGGUCAAGCUCUAGGGAGGACAAACGUAGAAAUUCCUCAAGUAGUUCCAGAAGUAGGUCAAGGUCAAGAGAAGGAAAGCCUAGGAGGAUAAGGGAUCCUCCAUCUGCCAAGUAUGGCUUCAAAAGAAGGUCAUCAAGUAGUUCUUCUAGGUCAAGGUCAAGGGGUCGAUUUAGGUCAAGGUCAACUUCUCGGGACAGACGGAGAAGAAGUGACACACGCAGAGAUAGGGGAAUAGACAGAAAAAAACUGGAAGAAGCUGCAAGAAUGGCUCGCAUAAAAUCUGAGAGCCCUCCACCCACUCAUUGGAAGAAAGGACAGAAACCAUGGAAACCCAAGGGUCCAGAAGCUGAUCAACAAAAAUUAGAUAAAGCAGUACUACCCCCUGUUGCCCCCUAUGUUGGUGCCAGUAUGUCUGCUGCAUCAGGGGAGAUAGAUGUCCUUCAAAUGUCAAGGUCACCUGUGUCAGAGGUCAAAGAUCAACUGGCUGGUUCCCCUCAAAAACAGGAAAGCAAGUCUGAUGUUCUCCCAGUGAAGAUACAAUAUCACCUUGAUGACCCAAAUGUCAAAGCUCGACCAAUCAUUGUCUCUGAAAAGAGAACAAAACCUAAAAGGUCAAGGUCAUUGAGUAGUGAUAGUUCAAAAUCUAGGUCAUCUAGAAGUUCUGUGUCUUCAAGGUCACGAUCAAGGUCAGUGGAUAAUAGUGAUUCUGAAACGGAGGAACAACGAAAAGAGAAAGAGAAGAAAAAAGUUGAGGAGAGGAUAAAAUGGCAGCCACCACCAGACCCCGAUGAUAUUGACAAAGACGAUCAUAGUCCUGUAUCCCCAACAAAAAUGAGUGUUGCCGUGGAUGUUGAUGAAGCUAGUAGGUCUUCUCUCAAAACUCCGCCUCUACCCAAGAUAGCUGAAGUCGCUGAAGCUACCUCGGAAUUAGCCAGAAAAAAGCGAGGAAGAUGGGACAGUGCAGAGUCAUUGAAGAAGGUCGAGGUGAAGCCAACCCCUCCUGUUGCCGAGGUGGACAGGUACAAUCCUGGCUCACCAACCAAGCCAAAUGAUGGAUCCCCUGGUCUUCCCCCAAUGCCGUCAGAUCCGGAGCCAGCACCCCCACCGCCCCCACCACUUCCUGUAGAAUGUCUACCCCCUCCUCCCCCACUAGACGACUCUCAUGCUAUAGGAAAGAAAGAUUUCCAGUCGAAACAAUCCAAAGAAAUUUCAAAAUCGGUGCCAUCUGUAGGGGACAAGGCUAUUUCAUCAGUAUUUGAGAACAGUAGCCCAUUAAAAGGGCAGAUCGGAGUUGUGAAGCCAAUGUCGAUUUUACCUAAAGUAAUUAAUGCAGACAUUCCAAUGCCUGCUGAGCAAAAGCCAUCAGAAGAUGAGGCCUCCAAGGAUAAGAAAACAAAGGAAACUAAAAAUGAAUCUGGACCAUCAACUUUAAAGGAAUCAAGGGAUAAAGAAAGGAGAAGAUCAAAAUCUUCAAGACAAAGGUCAAAGUCAAGGUCAAAAUCUAGAGAAAGAAGUUCUUCAACCCGUAAAAGGUCACCCAUAAGAAGGAGAAGAAGUUCUCCAUCUCCUAAAAGAAGUAGGAAAAGAUCACCCUCACCCUCUCCGAAGAAAAGGCGAUCUAGAUCACCAAGGAGAAGGAGGUCAAGGUCACCAAGAAGAAUUUCAAGGUCACCAAAAAGGCCAAGGAAAAGGUCAUCAUCUGGUUCUGUGUCUCCUAGGAGAUACUCUCCUGUUCCUCCAAGAAGGAGAUCAAGGUCUCCGAGGCGUAGAAGGACAAGAUCCCCUAGACGAAGGUCAAGGUCACCUCGUAGAUCAAGGUCUCCACGUAGAAGAUAUUCCAGAUCUAGAUCCAGAAGUCGUGGAAGACAUGCGAAAAAGAGGAGUCGAUCACCUGUGAAACGUAAAAGAAGGCAAAGUAGUAGCUCGUCAUCAAGCAGUUCCCGCUCCCGGUCAUCACGGAGACGUAACAAAAGGUCACCAAGUAGUAGUGACUCGAGUAGAAGCAGGUCGUCACGACGACGGAGGAAGAAGAGUUCAAGUAGCAGUCGAAGUAGAUCUUAAAAGGAUAAUAGAAUGACAAACAUUUUAAAACUGUUUUUUUUUUAUUAUCUAUUUUUCUUUUUAAUAAAAUGAAAGGUUUAUUUCAUUAAUUUUCACGGUAUGAAUUUUGUACAUUUCUUGGCUUUUGUCAUUUUAUUGUUUGUUGAAAAAUACAUAGUUUUAAAGCUCGAUUAAGGGUGUCUAAAUGUACAUGUCUAUGCUUAUAGUAAAGAGUCAGGCCAGCCUGGAUGUCCGAGCAGGGUUACUUAGAGCCAUGGGAAAAUGUCCUACAAUUGACUGCUUUUGCAUUUUUAGCAAGACUUUUUAAAGAAUAGCGAAAGAUAUUGUAGACUUUUCCAGGUGCCUAUGUUAUAAUUUAGUUAAGUUUUUGCAUGCAAAUGGAUAUUUCUAAAACUACUGAAGGGAAUGGGUUAAAACUUCACACAGUUAUUUGAGAGUAUAAUAGGAUGUCAACUUUAAAGGCCAUAACUCUGCCGUGGAUUUUGACAGAAUUAUGGCCCUUUUUGAACUUGGAAAAUUUUACAUUAUCCAGGCUCUUUGUAUACUAUCAAGCACUGAGAAUAGCCAACCGAUGGCUCUUGUGAAUUUUUAAUAAUUGUAAUGAAAGUGACAAUAAUUUGUACAUGUAAAGUGGUGUAAAUUAGGUUCUUUUUUAUGAAAAGGAACUUAUCAAAGACAAUUAAUUUUAAAUUUUAUUAAAAGAUUUGUUUUUACAUUUAAAGGAACUCCACUGUGGUAGAAAGCCUAAAAAACAUAAAAUCUGAAUUUCUUACAUGUAAUAGCUGGGGCACUACAUGUAAUAGCUGGGGCACUUAAAACAGAAAUAUAUGCAAAAAUAUACUUGGAAAUAAAUUGAAAAUAGUAUUUUUGAGUGAAAAGUUGCAACACUUUUCAAUUUUUGGAAUUAGAAUAAUGAUUCUUGAAAAACAGAGUGAGCGAAUGAUCUGAUAUUUUACAUACCAGUUGUUGGUUUAGACCUACAUCAAAUAGAACAUUUAUCUUGAAAAAAUAUUUCCUGUCCCAUCAUGUCAAAAAAACAUCAGUGGAGUCCCUUGAAUGUAGACAAUAGUUUCUUGUUGAUAUAGAUAAGUUCAUGUGAAUUAAUGGUGUUGUGUUUUCGUUGUUCGUUUUUUUGUGGGUAUUUUUCUGAUACAAAAAAUGGUGACUUUUUGAUAAUUGUAACAUAACUACUGAAGUACAGUUUUAUUUUACUGGGAAAUGAGAGGUAUUUUGGAUUUUCUGGUAACUGUCCGAAUAUUUGUGUAUAUUUAGGUAAAACUCAUACCACUAUACAGUACUUGAUUUGACUUUUUGAUUUAAAGCUGCAUGUCGCCAGAUGAGCCGAAAAUCUUCAAGAAAAUCAAUUUUGAGAAAAUUUACUAAGAUUUUUAGAAAAAUGAAAAUAUUCAAUAUUUAAGUAAUGAUUUUUGCAGUAUUUAUCACCAUAUAUCUACUGUGUAACUAACACAGUUCGGGCUAUUUUGCAUGUUUUUUAAACUGUAUUUGGUAAUAUAUUUUGAUUGAAUGUGCUGUUUGAAAUGUGUAAAUUAUUUUCUUUGUUCACUUCACAAUAUUUUACUCCUGAAUACAUUUUCAAA